GAUUCAUUCUAUUCAGUGUGUGACUUUUUCAAUAAAUUACCUUUCAGUUUUUUUUUAUGGGUUCUUGUAUUGACGUUAUUUGUAGUUCUUUUGCAGUGUUAUAAUUUGAUACGGAAUUGGAAUUUUGGAUUGAUUUAUUUAAUAGUAGUUUGAACAAUAAGAGGAUUUUUUAUUUUUGAUUUUUAAUCCUCAAUCGGGCAUAGUUUCUUUACAAAUUCUUGUAUAUUUGUUAAUAUGCAGUAGUGUUUUGUCCAGCCUUAAUUUUUGAUAAAUUUCUUAACUUUUCUCAUUUAAAGGGUUUUUCCCAAUUGUUCUGAAUUUUUCGGGAUAGGAGUUCUACACACUUGAAGGCAUACACAUGGAAGAAGUGUUAAAAGAGGUUUAUGGUGCUUGAGCUAAAUUCUCAAUAGUUCUUUAAAGGGAGAAAGAGCAGAAACAGAUGGGAAAUAAUUGUGUUAGUGCAAGGAUUUCUGAGGAUGGGUUUUUCCACACGAUUUCUCAUUCAUUACGGUGGUCUACAUCACCCGAAAUGAUCACUUAUAAUGAGAAAGAAAUAAGUCAGGAAAGAUCUAAUGUUACGAAAGAGCCAGAAGUUCAGAAUAAGGCCCCGGAAUUGGUGAAGAUAGGCGAGGAGACCAGGAAACUUGAGACGGCAAUCAUAGUCAUGGAAGAGGGAAAACAAACUGAGGCCAGAAGAUGGGAAGAGGUGAUCAAGAUCACGAAUAAGGACAGAAGUAUUGCUCAAACCACUAUACCGGAACACUUGACUGCGAUCAUGAACGAGAAGGCUAAACCGGUUCUGCCCCCAAAACCCAAGCAACCUCACAAUGUAAAGAGGCUGGCGACUGUUGGUCUUCAGGUGGAUUCCGUGCUAAGAACCGAAACAGGACAUUUGAAAGAGCAUUAUAAUUUGGGGCCCAAACUUGGAAACGGGCAGUAUGGAACGACUUUUCUUUGUGUGGAGAAAGAAACACAAAAGGAGUAUGCAUGUAAAUCCAUUGCAAAGAGGAAAUUGUUAACCAUGGAAGAUGUUGAGGAUGUGAGGAAAGAAAUUCAGAUCAUGUAUCAUUUAUCCGGGCACCCUAAUAUCAUUUCUAUACAAGGUGCUUAUGAAGAUUCUGUGGCUGUUCAUGUUGUCAUGGAACUGUGUACGGGAGGCGAGUUAUUUGAUAGAAUCAUUAAGCAGGGGCAUUAUUCGGAGAAAAAAGCAGCCGAGCUUACUAGGACAAUAGUUGGUGUAAUAGAAUCAUGCCAUUCUUUGGGAGUCAUGCACGGAGACCUCAAGCCCGAGAAUUUUCUCUUUGUUAACGAGGAUGAGGAUUCACCCUUAAAGAUUAUAGAUUUUGGAUUAUCAGUCUUCUUCAAACCAGGGCAAAUUUUCACUGAUGUGGUUGGGAGCCCUUAUUAUGUUGCUCCGGAAGUGCUUCGCAAUCGUUAUGGACCAGAGGCAGACGUAUGGAGCGUGGGUGUGAUUAUUUAUACCCUUCUUAGUGGUGUGCCUCCAUUUUGGGGUGAAAGUGAGCAAGAAAUAUUUGAAGACGUUUUGUAUGGCGACCUUGACUUCUCAUCAGAUCCUUGGCCCAAAAUAUCUGAAAGUGCUAGAGACUUGGUGAAGAAAAUUCUUGUGAGAGAUCCAAGAAAGAGGUUAACUGCUCAUGAAAUUCUUUGUCACCCUUGGGUGCAGGUCGAUGGAGUAGCUCCCUACAAACCUCUUGAUUCUGCAGUUUUAAGCCGCUUGAAACAGUUUUCGGCCUUGGACAAGCUCAAGAAAAUUGCUCUUAGGGUCAUUGCGGAAAGUCUCCCCCAAGAAGAAAUUGCAGGGUUAAGAGAAAUGUUCAAAAUGUUAGACACGGACAGCAGUGGUAAGAUCACUUUUGAAGAACUCAAGGGUGGUCUAAAACGAUUUGGAGCUAAUGUUGAUGAAUCUGAGAUAUAUGAUUUGCUAAAAGCCGCAGAUGUUGACAAUAGUGGUACAAUUGACUAUGGUGAGUUCAUUGCUGCAACGUUGCGUCUGGACACGAUUGAGAAGGAAGAUAAUCUAUUUACAGCAUUUUCAUACUUCGACAAAGAUAGAAGAGGUUACAUUACACGAGAUGCACUUCAAAAGGCUUGUGAAGAGUUCGGCAUGCAGGAUGUUCACUUGGAAGAAAUUAUCCAAGAAGCUGAUCAAAACAAUGAUGGCAGGAUAGAUUACAAUGAAUUUGUGGCCAUGAUGCAUAAAGGAAAUACGGAUUCAGGUAAGAAAAAUCUACAGAAUAAUAUUGAUAUUGGAUAUAGGGAGGCAAUGCAAGUCUGUUGAACUGUAUAGAAAUCCAUUAGUGUUGAGCAUCGAGAAAUAGUUAACUAGGAUUAUUUUCAAGAAUGUUGGAUAUUUAUGAUUCUAUGAUCACAAGGAAAUAAUGUGUCUAUUAUUUCGAAGUA